AGCCAUCUCAUUAAGCCGAGAUGCAGAACUAUGGUGGCUGUUUGAAAGAGAAGAUAAUAAAUUAGGGUUUAUGGAAGAAUUUAGGAAGAUACCUUCCUAAUCGGAUGUAUUCCAAUAUCUUCGCGGACACUCAGGAGUGAACUGUAACCAACCUGAAGAAGCAGCAUUCUCUGCACUGAGUCUGAACGAAGAUGCCAGAACAAAGGCAAGUCGUUUUUCUUACUAUAUUGUUGCUAUUGUGGAAGUCUGGUUCUGAGGCCAUUAGAUAUUCCAUGCCAGAAGAAACAGAGAGUGGCUACUUGGUGGCAAACCUGGCAAAAGAUCUGGGGUUCAAGGUGGGGAAACUGGCCACUAGAGGAGCUCAGAUCCAUUACAAAGGAAACAAAGAGCUCCUGCAGCUGGAUGCAGAGACUGGGAAUUUGUUCUUGAAGGAAAAACUAGACCGUGAGGCCCUGUGUGGGGCGACAGAGCCCUGUGUGCUGCACUUCCAGAUCAUACUGGAAAACCCUGUGCAGUUCUUCCAAACUGAACUGCAGCUCACAGAUAUAAAUGACCACUCUCCGGAGUUCCCUGACAGGGAAAUGCUUCUAAAAAUCCCUGAGAGUGCCCAGCCAGGGACCGUGUUUCCUCUGAAGGCAGCUCAGGACCCUGACAUAGGGAGCAACGCUGUUCAGAACUACACAGUCAGUCCCAACCACCAUUUCCAUGUCGUUACUCACAGUCGCUCAGAUGGCAGGAAAUACCCAGAGCUGGUGCUGGACAGAACCCUGGACAGGGAGGAGCAGCCUGAACUCACUUUAACCCUCACUGCUCUGGAUGGUGGAGUCCCAGCCCGGUCAGGAACCACUGCAGUUCACAUUGAAGUUGUGGAUAUCAAUGAUAAUGCCCCCCAGUUUAUACAGUCACUCUACGAGGUGCAGAUUCUCGAAAAUAGCCCCCUUGAUGCCUUAGUUGUCACGGUGUCUGCCAGGGAUUUAGAUGCUGGGAUAUAUGGCAAUGUAGCCUAUUCUCUGUUUCAAGGUGAUGGAGUAUCUCAACCAUUUGUGAUAGAUGAAAUCACAGGAGAAAUACGACUGAGCAAAGAGCUGGAUUUUGAAGGAAUUAGCGGUUAUAACAUAGAAAUCACAGCCACCGAUGGAGGAGACCUUUUAGGGAAAUGCACUGUGGCUAUACAGGUGUUGGAUGUGAAUGACAAUCCCCCAGAGUUGACGAUUAGGAAGCUCACAGUCCCUGUCCCAGAAAAUUCCGCCGAAACUGUAGUUGCUGUUUUUAGUAUUUCUGAUUCAGAUUCAGGGGACAAUGGAAGGAUGGUGUGUUCUAUUCUGAACAAUAAUAUUCCAUUUCUCCUGAAACCCACAUUUGAGAAUUAUUACAGUUUAGUGACAGAGGGGCCACUAGAUAGAGAGAGCAGAGCUGAGUACAACAUCACCAUCAUGGUCUCAGACCUGGGCACACCCAGGCUCACAACCCAGCACACCAUAACAGUGCAAGUCUCUGACAUCAACGACAAUGCCCCUGCCUUCACCCAAACCUCCUACACCAUGUUCGUCCGCGAGAACAACAGCCCCGCCCUGCACAUAGGCACCAUCAGUGCCACAGACUCAGACUCUGGCUCCAAUGCCCUCAUCACCUACUCGCUGCUGCCGCCCCACGACCCACAGCUGGACCUUAACUCGCUCAUCUCCAUCAAUUCUGACAAUGGGCAGCUGUUCGCGCUCAGGGCACUGGACUAUGAGACCCUGAAGGCCUUCGAGUUCCACGUGGGCGCCACGGACCGAGGCGCUCCCGCACUCAGCAGCCAGGCUCUGGUGCACGUGGAGGUGCUGGAUGACAAUGACAAUGAUCCCUUUGUGCUCUACCCACUGCAGAAUUCCUCUGUGCCUUGCACUGAACUGUUGCCCAGGGAGGCGGAUUCUGGAUACCUGGUCACCAAGGUGGUGGCAGUGGACUCUGACUCUGGCCAGAAUGCCUGGCUGUCAUUCCAGUUACUCAAGGCCACAGAACCAGGGCUGUUCAGCGUGUGGGCACACAAUGGCGAGGUGCGGACCACCAGGCUGCUGAGCGAGCGUGAUGUGCCCAAGCACAGGCUGGUGCUGCUGGUCAAGGACAAUGGAGAGCCUCAGCGCUCUGUCAGUGUCACACUGCACGUGCAAUUGGUGAAUAGUUUCUCUCAGCCCUACCUGCUUCUGCCUGAGGUGGCGCACGACUCCAUUCACCGGGAUGAAGAGGUGCUCACGCUGUACCUGGUCAUUGCCUUGGCUUCUGUGUCUUCGCUCUUUCUCUUGUCUGUCCUUAUGUUUGUGGGAAUGAGGCUGUGCAGAAAGGCCAGAGCGGCUUCUCUGGGUGUCUGCUCUGUGCCUGAGGGCCACUUUCCUGGCCACUUGAUGGAUGUCAGCGGUGCGGGGACCCUGUCCCAGAGCUACCAGUAUGAUGUGUGUCUAUCAGGAGACUCUAUGACUGGUGAGUUCAAGUUCCUCAAACCCCUGAUUCCCAAUGUAAUGGUUCAGGGCGCUGGGAGAGAAGUGAAGGAAGGUUCCCCUUGCAGGGAUAGCUUUGUGUUCAGUUAACUGUUGUAUUUGUUUCAGUUAAUUUGUUUUUGGCAAAUAGAUUGCAAUAUGGUUCUCCUAGGAAAGUGAAUUAUUGUCUACGUGUUGACACUGUAAUCAAAGCAUAUGCAUGUCCUCCAUUACUAAAAUUGUUUUUUUCUUUUAUUCUUGGUAUGCUCUGUAAUUACCUUUUCAGGCAUAAUGAAUAUUAGGAAUUUGCAAAACACAAGUUCUGUAUAUUACAACUUAUGUUUUAACUCAAGUAUUACACAGCAAAAAUGUAUU